CAUUGCACACAGGCCCAAGGACCUUCCCGCGUCACUCCUGCUCCACCGUGAACAAAACAAAUAAAAGGAAGCACGGGGCACCGAACGAAAUAAACUGUUCGAAAUUUAAAAAAAAAAGGUAACUGCGACCGGGCUGAAAUGUAUUAUCAGUUUUUUUUAAAAGAAAAACAAAAAUCAGGCAUUAGCGUAGGCAGCUAUAUAUUAUUUAAUACCUGUUUUUUUUAUAAAGAAUGUGUGAGGGGGAGGGGGAGGGGGCUUUCGGCUGUUCCUGGCUCUCAUGGGGAUCGCUGCAGCUUCACAGUUUCUCCCAGAAAGCCCCCCCUGGCUCCCGGCGGACGGUUAGCGCAUGCGCCGCGUGAACCCCCAUUUGAACAGGCGGCGGGUUCGAAACGGCUGACUGCCCUGUCAUGUAAAUGAGUUGAUAGCUUAUUUGACUGCAAUUGAAUGUUGAGCAAGAUCUGUUUUUCCACAAUGAUGCCCUCAAACAAAUUUGUCCUUAAGAUAAACGACAAAUAACAGUGGCCUCAGCACCAAUUCCUGCGGAACACCGAUGAUCACAGGUCUCCAGUCUGAAAACAACCCUCCACUACCACCAUCUCUUUCUCUUACUGUCAAACCAAUUUUGUAUCCAAUUGUGUGGGAACUUUGCAGUUCUGGUGGAUCUUCACAUUUUGCCUCGAGGAACAAGUAAAGACACCAGCUGGUUUACUGAACACCACAAGGAGGAGGUUAGUGCACUUGUCAAGGAAGAUGUUGAUUUUAAGAUAAAACAGUACCUUGAAAUGAGAAAACAGCGUGGUAACGUGCAAUCUAAACUAAACAAAGAAUUGACACCCAGUAACCCGCUGUGUCGUAAAGGUCAAACUUUUCGUCUUGCUGCUUACUUUAUGAAGAGGCAUAUGAACUUGAGAUGUGUCACACAGCAGAACUAUUGUGGACUUUAUAUAUUCCCUGAACGUUUUGUGGUUUGUAUAACUCCAUGUGAAACUGGUCCAAAAAGAGGAAUUGCUGAGGAACAGAUUACUGGUAUUGAGAAUGGAACCUCCGAAUACUUCACUGGUGGUUCAGAAAUGAAAGAACUUUGCGAUGUCUCUAUUUCAACACAGAAGAAGAAAGAAGCCUUGAAACACAUUGUUGAAAAGUCUUGUCACACGAAAAUCAGAAAUUUCAACAAAUCUGAAGCUAACACUUACUUGCCAAAAGUAUUGCACACUGUAACAGAAGAUGAGCAGGAUGUAGCCCAAUCUGCUACAGGUUUCAAGCAGGAGAUUCAGGAUAUAAAUACUGGAAGAACAGAAGAUUGUAUGAACUCAGUUCAAAGCAAGUUAUUACUUCCUGUCAUAAAAUUGGAAAAAUAUAUUAACAAGAGACAGCCAGCUCAAGAGAACUGCCAACAACAACCUCAAUCUAUUGAACAGCUGAAGACAGGUUUGAAAGGCACAGUGGGCGGUAAUGAGUCAGCACUGCAGGAUCCUAAACAAAGUGAAGUAAACACAAAAAUACCAAUGCAGCGAAGGAAAGACUCCUGUUCAAAUGAAGCAGAUAGUGCCAAGAAGAUUGUUUUAACAGAGACUUCAGCAAACCUCUGUGAGAUUACAAUGGAAGUGAAUUCUCUCGAGUCUUUAGGAAAACCACCUGUGAGAAAAAAGCUUUUAAAUCAUAAUUCGAAUCGUAAAAGGUCAGUCAAAGGUAAACCCAACAGACUUGACCCCUCAAAAGAAAUUGGAGGUGAGCCAUUGUUUUCAUUAGGCAAUUCUCCCCAAGACUUUUGCUUCACGGAUAAACAUAAAAAGAGAAGAUUAACAACAAGAACCAAACAGAUUAGAAAGUCAGAGAACGCGCCUUCAUGUCCUUCUGACUGGAAAUCUGUGAAAUCAGCAAAAGUUACAGCAUCGGUAGAAGUUGAAUCUGAUGUAGAAAAUAUGCCAAGAAAAUCUAGACUUCGAAGGCCUAAAAAGACUGGAACUGCCAGGAAUUAAGUUGUCAUGUGACAGUCACUAAUUGCCAUUGGAGUGUUUGGAUAAAUGAGGUCAUUUUAUAAAAACACAUCACUUUUAAAAUAAUUAAGAUGCCAGUGGCUUUGCAUAUUCUGGGCUCAGACUUGUAAUUUAAUAUUAAAUUCAUUACAAAUGGAUAACUUGCCUUUUAAUUUUAAUACAUUUCUCUCUUUAUAACCUUGAUUGGCAACUUGAAAGCUCAGUUUCUUCGCAUUUCUGGUCCUUUGUAAUUUGGUGUUAAUCCCAUUAAUGACAACUUAAAAAAUUGAUCAGAAUCCAUUUGUAAAUUAUUUUAAAAUGACUAUUUCCUGUCUUAGUGAUCUUCAUAUAAAUUCAAUUCUUAAGCUGUUUCCUCCUUGUAUUUCAUAAUAAAGUUAAGUAGAUCUGUAA